AUGGAUACCAGGAAAGUCGGCAAAGAAGAUUUUAUCAGCAAAUUGCCUAAUGACGUUGUGGCUCAUAUCCUCUCUUAUCUUAACACAAAAGAAGCGGUUCAAACGGCCGUAUUGUCCAGAAGAUGGAGGUACCUUUGGACUUAUAUCCACAGUCUUAACUUCAAUGAUUUUCACAUCCGUGAAAUGGAGGGUAGAAAUCAGGUUUUUAUGGACUUUGUGGACCGAGUUCUUGGCCUUCGUGGAUCCAGAAAUAUUCAGACAUUCACUCUGGGAUUUUAUGAUUUCCGACGACAAAACGAUUUACUUCGCGUCAAUGCAUGGAUUAACUAUGCACUGUGUUGCAAUGUGAAGGAGCUUGAUCUCUUCCUGUUGUUGGAAUAUGAGGAAAGAAUCCCUGUUAGGUUGCCUGAAAACUUUUCAAGUUGCGAAUCACUGGUGGCACUAAAACUUAGAACCGACUUCGUUUUCACUAUUCCUUCAACAAUCACAUGUUUCCCCAGUUUGAAAGUCCUUCGUGUUGAUGCUAAGCAUCCGGAUUGCGAGUUUUUGAGUACGUUAUUUUGUAGAUGUCCGGUGCUUGAAGAUUUGUUUAUCUAUGUAAAUGAUCUUGGGCAGGAUGGUGAUGAUCAGGUUGAGCAUACAUUCACAAUUUCUAUACCAACUCUGAAAAGGUUGAAGAUUGACAUUUGCAGACGAUUUGAGAAUUUCUCGGAUCAAAAGUUCAUUAUUCAGACACCAAACCUUGUAUAUCUUACCAUUCAAGAUGACUCCAUGGCUUAUUUUGUGAUAGAUGAAAUACCCUCCCUACUUGAAGCCAAGGUUAGUAUUGGCCAUUCUACUUUCUUCUACAAGGAUCAAGUAUCCCAGCAAGAAGCCCAUCGACUGCUGAUGGGAAUUCUCAAAGGAAUUAGAAAUGCCAAAUUUCUAAAUCUUUCGGCUAGUACUACUGCUGCUCUCAGCUAUGCUGUUGAUGAUGAUUUGCCCACAUUUCUAUUUAUGCUGCGUCUUGAAAUGGGGAUUGAUCAUUUCUUUGGUUGGAAAUCAUUGCCUCAUUUCUUAAGGAACUCGCCUAUUCUUGAAUUCCUUGUGUUGGAGAGGGUGACAUUUGAUGAAGCAGGCGGAGAACUUGAUGUUGAGGAUAAUUUCGGUUGGAUUCCACCCAUGCCUCAGCCUUACUGUUUAUUGCAACAUCUUAAGGAAAUUAAGAUGAGAUAUCUAUGGGCAUUGGAAGAUGAAGCGGAAGUGGUUAAAUAUCUACUAGAAAAUGGCAAAGUCUUGGAGAAGAUGUCUUUCAUGUUUGAUGAGGAUUCUUCAGAGGAAGAGCUAAAUGCAGAUAUGAUUGAAGAGUUUCCAAGAGGUUCUGAAAAGUGUGUAAUCGAAUUUGAUUGA